GGGUAUUUGACAUUUGUAUCAAUUUGUAUUUUCUAUUUUGUAUUGUGAUUUUCAUUUGUGGUGUGUGUUAAUGUGGUUGAAAUGAAACUGAAACUUGAUACGAAAGACGAAUGUUGAAUUAGAAUUAUUGAAAAUUGAAAUGUAAAUAGACGCGUCACAUGGUUUCAGUUUGGCGUCAAGUCCAGGCUUUAGCUAUAUUAUUUCAACUUUCAAGUGAUACGUGAUUUGACGGAAACAGUGUUCAGUUUUAAUUGUCUCAAACGCUGCAAUCAAUUUACUUGACCGACGUGUUUAAAGAUGAGAUCUACAUGUGGUAAAAAUAUAACAUGGUCCGAGGACGAGGUAAUAAAGUUUUUGAAGAUCUACAGAAAGUUUGAUGUUUUAUGGGACACUAGCAACGUGUGUUACAAAAGCAAACAAAGGCAAUUGGAAGCGUGCAAAACGUUUUUAAAGUGUUUGAAUAAAGAGUACGUAACCGUGCGUGAUUUGAAGAAAAAAAUGAACUCCAUACGCACAAAUUAUACGAAAGAAUUGUACAAGAUGGCAAAAGAUGAAUAUUAUACGCCGCGUAUCUUUUGGUUCAAGUUAGUCGACUCCUUCUUAAGACCUGUUGUUAACCAAAGAUUGAAUCUAACAUUAAAAGAUCAAGAAAAUUCGUCACCAGAAUCAGAAACAGAAGAUGACAACAACUUCUUAAAAGUAACCUUUAUAGAGGAGAACAAAAAAUCAUCACAAACUUCUAGAAAAAUAUUUAAGAAAAAGUUAAAAAGAUACAAUAAUUCUACAAACUUCACUCCAUGUAAAGUAGAACGAAGGUCAAGUAAAUCAUCAGAUAGUGACUUUGAGGAUGAAUUUGACCAUUUCAGUCGAUCGUUAGCCAUCCAGCUACGCAAGUUGCCAGAAAUAGAUGCACUGGAUUUGAUGCAACAAAUACAACAAAUUAUACUCAUCAAAAAGCAGCAACAACAGCAAACGCAUCAUCUAGAGCUAAUAUAGUCAGCCUGCUAUGCAAGUUGCCAGAAAUUGAUGCAACAAAUACAACAAAUGGUAGUCAUCAAAAAGCAACAACAACAUCAACUGCAGCAACUGUAACCAUCCAGCUAUGCAAGUUGCCAGAAAUUGAUGCACUAGAGUUGAUGCAACAAAUACAACAAAUAGUACUUAUCAAAAAGCAGCAACAACAUCAACUAUAUCAACAUCAACUAUAUCAACUGUACUGUUUUAAAUGCAACGAAUGAUGUUUAUUCAGAAGCAACAACUAUAGCCAUCCAGUUUCGCAAGCUGCCUGAAUUGAUGCAACAAAUACAACAAAUGAUAGUCAUCAAGAAGCAGCAAGAACUCUUCUUCUUUUCCUGGGCAUUUUUCGCACUUGGCCAUUAAGAUUUGGCCAUUGUACGUAGGUCCCUUCAGUGCUGGUCCCUGCUGGAGUCACUCCAGCCAACCGAGCUCGCUCCAGAAGCCUUGUGAAGUGUUGCUGGGGAUCCAAUGUGUGCUGCGCGUUGUUUAGAUACACUGCAUCUAACUCUGACCAAUUAUUGUAUAGGACCUGUCUCGCUAAACGUUACUUUUCUGUCAAAGUAUAUGAUCAACGAUCUAAUGUGAUUAUAAAAACUGUCUCUAUAGAAUCGAUGUUAAAUAGUUGUAAUUGUGUUCGUCGAUUAAAGAGCUCCGUAAAAAUACCUUUUUGUGUAAUUGAAUUGUGUAAAAAACGGGCAAAAACUUCCAGUUUAGUAUAAGAUGUAUACAAAAUCUAAGCUCGUUUUCCUCAGAAAAUGACAGACAAUUUUGUUCGUGAAUAUGAGUGCGAUACAGGUCCUUCUAUAAUUGGUCUGAGGCAUCUAAGCAUAACGUGUAUCGGGGUUUCCUCUUCCUCCAUGCAUGCUCUGCAAAGAGGACUGUCGGUUAUACCUAGAACCGCAAGGUGUUUGUUUAGUGAACAGUGCCCUGUCCUUAGUUCGGUAACAGUUUUAAGUUUGCUACGGUUAAGUUCAAGUAGUUUUGUGGUUAAAUGUGAAUUGAGUGUUGGAAAAGCAACAACAUCAACUGCUGAUGCAACUAAUGCUACUGCUAAACAUGAAGAUGACAUAUAGGUCAUCAAUGGUGGCUGGAGCAAAAUUAUAACUAAGUAACUUCAUCAUUAUAAACCCAUAUUCCGCUCACUGCUGAGCGCGAGUCUCCUCUCAGAAUGAGAGGGAUUAGGCCAAUAGUCCACCACGCUGGCCCAAUGCGGAUUGGCAGACUUCACACACGCAGAGAAUUAAGAUAAUUCUCUGGUAUGCAGGUUUCCUCGCGAUGUUUUCCUUCACCGUUAGUUUCUUAAAAUGCACACAACUGAAAAGUUGGAGGUGCAUGCCCCGGACCGGUUUCGAACCUACACCCUCCGGAAUAGGAGGCAGAGGCUCCCAUUGAUUUGCAUUUUAAGAAAUUAAAUAUCACGUGUCUCAAACGGUGAAGGAAAACAUCGUGAGGAAACCUGCAUACCAUGCAUAUGCAACCUAAGUAACUUAUCUAUACUUAUAAUAAAUCUGUAGAGAGGUCAAUUCUGUACAUGAAAUAUAUUUCCAAAAUAACUAUCAGGGGGUGAUUAGUGAUCGACACUGAUGCCAAAAAUGCAAUCAGUAAAAUUUUUGUCUGUCUGUCUGUCUGUCUGUCUGUCUGUCUGUAUGUUCUUUAUAGAAACAAAAACUACUGGACGGAUUUUAACGAAACUUGGUACAAUUAUUCUACAUACUCCUGGGCAGGUUAUAGUAUAGUUUUCAUUACGCUACCAUCAAUAGGAGCAGAGCAGUGAAGAGAAAUGUUGAGAAAACGGGAGAAGUUACUCAAUUUUUUAAGCUUCCGUCGCGUGUACAGCCUUAAUGGUUAAAGCUACAUAGAAAUCAUGUAUGACGGAAAUGUUCUCCUUAAAAUUAUCUAUAAAAACACAACAGCAUAUAUAUGUCUAUCUUUUAUGGUUGACUCACAAUAACACGUGUAACUCCCGAUAGCUUAGGAGUUCGGAGCUUUUUAAUUAUAUUUGUGUACUCUUAUGUUUAUAACACUCAUCACUCAUUCCUAACUAAAAAAGUUAACAUAUAUUUAUAUUACCUAUUCAAUAAAAAAAGAAUCAUAAAAAUCGGUAAAGAAACACCAAAGUUAUACAAGAAAUACGCUAAGCCAUAUUAAUAAUUAUAAUUAUUAAUUCUAAUUCAUGCUAUAUGGAUUAUUUUUGUGUAACGGUUGCCGCGCUCGACGCGACUCCCGGGGGUUGGGGAAUAAAUAAAGAAGUGCAGCCUUAAUGAGUAGGGUAGGGGUAGGGUAGGGUAGGGUAGGGGUAGGGUAGGGGUAGUGUAGGGUAGGGGUAGGGUAGGGCAGGGGUAGGGCAGGGGUAGGGUAGGGGUAGGGCAGGGGUAGGGUAGGGUAGGGAUAGGGUAGGGGUAGUUGAAAGUUUACAACGAAUUUCACGCGGACGAAGUCGCGGGCGUCCGCUAGUCUUAAAUAAAUAGUUAUAAGCCAAAUGUAAUAUAUCUAACUAGCGAUGCCCGGCGGUUUCACCUCUACGUUCUCAUCUCUAGUGUCAUUCUAUGGACAGGACUGUUGGGUGAGCUGGUCUAAAAUAAAAUAUUUUUAUUA